AUGUCGUCUACACCACAGACUUCAAAUCAAUCGCAACCUCCUCCACCCUCUUCUUCUUCGCCUAAUAACAAACCACAACCACCGCAUCACUGCUCGCUCGAAAUCUCGACAGCUGCCAACAAUAAUACCAAAGAAUCAUUACCACCACCUCAAUCCUCUUCAAACGCCAAUCUUGACCAAGCAACACCACCUUUCACCUCCAUUCCAUCCACUAAAGCGACAUUAAACCAACAACUGGUUCAUUUGUUUCGUCUUACCACCCUUCGAAGUUGUCGUAAACUAAAGCGCAUUCUAAGUCUGGCGAUAUUAUUCGGUUUUCUGGCGUUCGCCUUGUUUUUGUUUGCAUGGCCGAUACUGCGUCCACGUGUUAUUUUAUUCUCAUUUAAAUUUCGGAAUCGUUUGCACAAUGGAGGAUAUUUGGGGUGCUCAUUACGAAAGCAACCGAUGCUGUUUAUUGAGGAUACAAAUCGUGUGUUGGCGGUUUGGGAGUCGAAUUGUGUACUGAAUAAUGUAAAAUUACGAUGGUAUCUGCAAAAUCAUAAUGAUAACGACAAUAAUCAGAAGGAUGUUCAGAUAAAAAAUGUUGGAGGAAUGUCGGACGUGUUAAUUCCAGCUAUACUGGAUAGCACACAUAACGUCUACAAAGCCAUUAUUGGACCAGUUCCCAAUACUCUUUCGCAAUCAAUAAAUUAUCCAAUCAGAAUUCUUGCAAUAUCCGAUAACCAAUUUGGUCUAUCGGUAUUCAACCAGCUUUUAGAUGGUGUCGUGAAAAGACACCCACCACCAAAUUUUAUAAUACAUGCUGGUGACGCAGUCCAAGAUUACGACAGACUCCAACAAUGGCAGACCGAUUUUUACGAUCCAAUGACACACCACCGUCUCGCUCAAAACGCUCCACUAAUUUACGCGCAUGGCAAUCACGAUUACGAUCCAAGCCUCGAAUACCCGUACACAAGUAGCCGACUAUGGUACGCGUAUACAAUUGCAAACACGCGUUGGAUAGUGUUAGACAGCAAUAUGGAUGACCCGUUACAGGACACAUGGUUACUUUCGGAACUACAAAGCCAAGAAUCGCGCGACGCCAUGUUUCGCGUCGUAAUCGUACACAUACCACCGUUCAUCGAGUUCUGGGAUCCUUACGCAUGGCAUAACAAAGGUGAGAAACAUUGGGGCGAAUUUGUGCGGUUGCGUUUCGUUCCAUUGUUUCAAGAGUUUGGUGUUGAUCUGGUGAUUAGUGGACAUCAACAUAAUUAUCAACGUGGCAGCUCGAAUGGUAUUACGUAUACGAUUAUUGGCGGUGCUGGUGGUGAAUUGGAUUAUCAGCGGGUCGAGGAUUGGCAUAUUUAUGAUAGUGUGCAAAAGACUUAUCAUUAUGUUACAAUCGAGAUAUGGGAUAAGACGUUGAAAUGGGUUGCGCAUAAUAUUGAUGGACUGGUUAUUGAUAAGUUUGAUUUGCAUAAAUAG